AGCUGGGUGUAGAAAUCGAGCGACGGCGGCGGAGACGACGGAGAUGAACAGAAUGAGAUGGGUCGGAGAGGGAGACAUCUGGGACCUCGAUAUGUCAACUCCGGUGACGCUCGAGGGCACCGCACGAGCUGUUCCUGACGAUCCUCUUCCUCUAGGUCUCUCUAGAGGCACUCGUCUAUCUCGCCCUAAGCAAGUUGAGUUCUUCCACCGCUUCAUGGCCUCACCUCUCAUCCCUUCCUUCUCCCCUAUCCGUCCCAACACCGGAGAUGGAGGCGGUGGUGGAUUCUCUCUUCAAAGAGUCCUCACUCUUCCUUUCUCCAACAACUGGCUUGUGUCUCUUCUGGGCCAAUUCGAUGUUCAGAGAUUCGUAACGGAGAUAGAUAAGACUAAAGCUUUUGGUCGAGGGUCUUCGUCUACAGUAGCUUCUCGUUUAAACACAAUUGGCAAGCAUUUGAAGGAUAAAUCUUUGUACGCAUUGGGUUUUUGUUCUGAGUUUUUGUUAUCACCAGAUGAUACUUUGCUUCUUAGCUAUGAUGCUUACAAAGGUGAUCUCGAUAAGAAUCCUAGAGCUAAGGCUAUCUUCAAUCACGAGUUUCCGCUUCACAAUCUGACAGCAGAAGCGGUUUGGCCUGGACUUUUUGUGGAUAAACAUGGUGAAUAUUGGGAUGUGCCACUCUCAAUGGCUAUUGAUCUAGCAUCUCUUCCUGCUGAAUCUGGUCCAAGUUACCAUUUAUGUUUACACCAUAACAGCGGAUCACCCAAGAAGUUACAUUCUGAUACUAUGGAAGUGCCUCCACCGUCACUGCUUCCUGGUUUGUCUCUGAAAUCUGCAGUCUCUUAUAGGACAAACAUGGAUCUCUGGAGGGGUACCACUCCAAAGCUCGAAACUUGCAAGCCCUAUGAUGUCUUCCUCAGUAGUCCUCAUGUCGCAGUAUCUGGGAUUAUCGGUAUGAUAAGUUUCUUCAACUUAUUUCAGAAGCAUUUUAUUGUCAAGACUGAAAGUUUUGUGAUUUCUCUAAUAAGUUUUGUUCAACUCUUAUCAUUUGAGUUCUCCAAUUCCAAUAUUUGAUGUUACAGAACUAGUGAUGGAAAUGGGAAUUUUUGGGAUAUUUUGGUUUCUUUCGACUAUUGAAUAGCUAAUUUGUUUUCCUCUGAUUGAAAAUUUUAUGUAUGAGUGAGCCUUGAGCCUUCAGGUUUGGAAGCACGGGUCUUUUUUAUGAUCUUUUUGGUGCUGUUACUAAGAGUUUCAUUAAUCCCACAGGCUCUGUGAUGACCGCAGCAUUUGGUGAAAAUUCAAUCAGAUCAAAAUUUGAAAAUGAUUCUGAGGGUGUUGGAGGGUUCUCUCUUCAUUUUCCAUCUGUAAAUUCCGGAUUCAUGGCUGAUGCCUUAGGGCGGGCAUCACUCACAGCUCAAUAUGGAAACUUCCAGAAAUUCUUCUUUGAUCUCACCCGUUUCCAUGCUAGAUUAGACUUUCCGCAUGGUUUGAGGUUUCUUACCGGUGCCACUAGCGUCGCACAAGAUCUUUUAAAUUCUCGGCAGCCUAGUUUAGAAGCAUUUCAGAAAAUCUGCCCUGAAGUAUUAGUUUCUCUACAGCAACAGAUUGUUGGACCGUUUAGUUUCAAAGUGGAGUCUGGAAUUGAGAUCGAUCUGAGGAACGGAGCUAACCCUGUGACUGUAGAUAAGACAGUAUUUGCUAUUGAAUAUGCUCUUCAAGUGCUUCUUUCUGCCAAGGCUGUUGUUUCGUACUCCCCAAAACAGAAUGAGUUCAUGGUUGAGCUUCGUUUCUUUGAGACAUAGUAUCAGGAUUUUCCACUCAAAAUGUCAAGCUUGAUCCUGUGAAGAUUGUAGUCUUGCAGAGAAGUAAAUACUAAAUAGACAAUGUUCUAAUUGUUCAGUUUCUUAUGUCAAACAGAAGAAUGUUUCAAUAGAAGGGAAGUUUACAUUUUGUU